GUAUCCCAGUCUGAGAUGAGCUCUACAGGUAUGCAGACCAAAAGUUGGAAGAGAAAAGUCGAAUCCAAAGUGUGGAGUCCAUAUUUUUUCAAAGAAAAAAUUUAGUUGAAUGUUUCAGUAGGAAUUUGAUGAAAAUAUCAGUAAUCGAUACAUAAAAAAACAACCUCGUUCGUUAUUUUAUGAAAAGCGUGUUACCAUAUUGUGUAUUGUGUUUCGUUUCAGAACAUAUAUAUAUGUGAACAAAGUCAGCGAAAAAAAAUCAUGUUUUUUUGCAAAAAUUGCUUUUGAUACCAAAGAGUGUAAUUUUUUAGCCCGGGAGGAAAUUUUCAAAAUAUAUAAAACGUAUUUAUUGAUUGUAUAAUUGAUCAACGGCCAAGGUUUACAUUUUUAGGAUUUGUGCGUCGAUACACAACAGGUAGCAGAUAACUGCAUCGUGUUUUUAUUGCAGUUUGAAGCGAGAAUCGUGCAACAUAACCAAAGGGAAUAUAAUAAGAUCCUGAUAAACGUGCAAUAAAACGUGUGUGACGAUUGUUUGUUUCACUGGAUUGAACAAGAAAAAAACGUUUCAACAAUGUUGCCCACAAACGUAAUGUCGUUUAUGAAAAAGAUGGUUGCGCCGGAAGACGUUCCGCAGAGUAAUAUGGAAAGCACUGGAACAUUCGGAAAGCUUAAACAAACAUUAUCAUCAUCACUUUUAACAGCUCAAGAUAGAGUAAACAAAAUGUCCCCAAGACCAUCCCUAAUUCCUGAUACUGAGAGCAGUGGACAAUCGGAGCCUGCGACAAGCACACAACAAUCAAAUAGAGCAGCGGAAACUCCUAAACCAGUUGGCCGAUCAGGUUCGUGCCGAAUUUGUUUGAAAGCAUUCAAACCAAAUGAAUUCAGUAAAACCUGCGUGGAAUGCGACCAGAAGGUAUGCGAGGAUUGCGCAAGCUAUAGCAAACUGGAUGAGUGUGAAUUUAUGGAAACGUGGCGUUGUAGUGUAUGUCGUAGGAAAAUGGCUUCUAGAGUAUUCAUUCCACAAGAAUCAACGGAUUCUGUGCUAGAGAUUCCUGUACUGGAGACUCUACAACGGCGUCACUCUGAUGUCAAGCUUGGCUCUACGCAAUGCUUGGGUGUGGACAAUGGCACAGCUUUGGUUCCUCCUAGAAGCCCAGAGCUGAGACGUCAUUCAGAUGUCUCACCUGCAUCCUUGAAAGAACUAGAAAAACUAAAGGGUGCCAAAGCAGCUGAUAGUGACUGGAGGAAGGGUCACAGCGCGGCACCUAGCAGAUCGUCUAGCCCUCCACGUCGUAUGGAAUUGGAGACUGCUACUUCACGAAUAGCUUCAAGGCGGCCAUCGAUGCGGAUGACCAGGCAGCGUAGUUACGAUGACGAAAUCAAAUCUAACAAUGAAUCGAAAGUCAUGGAACCUAGCCUAGGAUUACCAGCACCCAUGCCUCGAAGAAAAUCAGCCUAUGACGUCUAUGCCCCCGGAGUUCUAGCAAGUGCUUUGCAAGCUGCAUCAUUGAAGGAACCUGAAGCCCCAGGAUCCAGGAGACCAUCAUUUAAGAUGCCAGUGAAUGAUAAUAGUUUAGAGCAUGAAGACAUGCCAAGCCCAGAUCAUAUAAUACAAUCGGCUUUAACUGUAGACGAGGAGCGCAGAAAUAAGAGACGAGGAUCGCAACUACCGGAUAUCUCAGCAUUGCGAAAUGCUCAAAAUGCCGGAAACCUACCAGUUUAUCAGAUUCCAGCGCUUGAGGAUUUGGAAGCUCCUAGACGACAAACAUCUCUCGAUGGAGAAGCUAUCAAGAUUGUGAUUCAUGACGUCGAUUCGGGACCGCUAUGUGCUUCAAAAAGACGUGUUGUUUUGCAGAAGGACCCAGCAGAUAAAGCACACAGGACGCGUGGCUUUGGAAUGCGAGUAGUUGGUGGCAAAACAGGAACUGACGGCCGACUUUUUGCAUACAUUGUUUGGACUGUCCCUGGAGGACCUGCGGAAAAAGGCGGUUUACAACAAGGCGACAAGAUAUUGGAAUGGUGUGGUACUUCGUUGGUAGAUCGUAGCUUUGAAGAAGUGUGUGCCAUAAUGGAUAGGACUGGUGACGUUAUCGAACUACUAGUGGAGCAUGCUACAGAUUUUAGAAUGUGUGAUCUGUUAGAUGAUGGAACAUCAGGAAAUCCAAAUAAUCAAAUGAAAUCAAACGCAGAUAUGUCAAAUCUGGGAUUCACAUCAGAAAAUGAACCAGUUGCUGAUAAAUCUCCCUCGUCACCGACACGGCGAAAACUUCCAAAGACACCGGAACAAUUGGCACGCGAAAAACAGGUUUCAGGGCGAGUUCAAAUUCAGGUGUGGUACCACGGGGAUCGAAAUGAAUUGGUCGUUUCACUAAUGGCCGGAGAUGAUCUGCCACCACGAGAUGAAUCUUUAGGAUAUGGAGGUUUACCAGAAGCUUACGCUUCAAUAAAGCUCAUGCCUAAAACUCAUGAAACACAUGUUGUACAGACCGAAGUCUCUUCUCCAUCACUCAACCCAAUCUGGAAUGCAACGAUUACCUUUAGAGGUGUGUCUAGUGACUCGUUAUUUGAUCGAUACAUCGAUGUAGCAUUGUAUGACUUGUUGCCCCAAUCUGAGCCGGUAUAUUUAGGAGAAUGUAAAGUUAUGUUACAAAAGGCUUUUCUAGAUGAUGUCGCAGUUUGGUAUCGAUUAGAGGAUCCCAAGCAAUUACGCGGUGCACCGCCAAAUAAAAUGAGCUGGUCCUCUCCGAGGAACUCAAUAUCCGGAGACGUAACAAAACUGAUAAGAGGAUCUGAUUAUCGAUUUCAAAGAUCGGUGUCUGACGACGUGGACAGCAUUGGGGACGGAAGUUCUUUGCUGCAUCCGGAUCAUGCAUGGGCCUUCAGCAGACGAGGAUCAUCACAAUCGGAAACUUUGGAAAUCGAAACGUAUCAACUUGGAAAAGAUUUUUCCAAAUCAUUGCCAGGCUCAAGGAGAUCCUCUUUCCAAGAUCAAGAUAAAUGUAAAAGUGGUGAAAUGACACCCACUCUCGGCUAUAAUCGUGAACGAAGAAGAUCUUCUGCAGCGAAACGUAAUCCUGAAGAGCUUAGAAGAGCUUUCAACCAGAGCAGAGGCGAAUUUACGCGUACCAUGAGUUUGUCGCGGGAGUUGGAACAAAAGAAUUCCAAGAAAACACUGAAUCAAAGUAUGUCCGAGAAAAAUACAGAUAAAAUUGAACGCAUGAUUUCCACUCUCAAAAUAAAAACGGAUAGCACACGUGACCUACAAGCAGAUUCCAACACCAACUUUUCCAUCAGUAGUCUCGGACCUGGUCAAAUACUUCCUAAAGGUUCACAGCACAGCUUGAAAUGUGUCGGAGAACUACGGCUGGCUGUCACUUUGGACAAGUCAAUCCUAGAACUCAAGGUCAUUUCCGCAAGAAAUUUGGUCCCUGAAGAUUCAGAAGCAACGCCGGACACAUACGUAAAAUGUUAUUUAAAAGAUGGAGAUCGACUGAGACAUAAAAAGAAAACCAGAGUUGUGAAAUAUUCUCCGGAACCACAAUACAAUCAAGUGCUGAAAUAUUCGGCAUCAGAGCUUUUUGGGCGAACAAUAUUAGUGACUGUGUGGCAAAAAUCAUUAGGUUUCGAACAUAAUCAAAGUAUAGGUGGCACAGAGUUAUUUUUCAAUACAUAUAAAAUGAAGAGUCCUAUUGAAAGUUGGUACCCAUUGUUUCCUUCUCAACAUGUUAUACAAAAUCAAAAUGAUUCUCCUUAGGAGUUUAGAGUUGAAUUUCAUAUUUUGAAAACUAGCAUGUGAUGUAUUAAUUACACUUUGAAACAACUUA